CAGAUGAGUGGCUCAUCACUUCAGACUCCCUUUGCAGGAUCAUCGCCGAUCACCUCCAAAAGCAAUCACCAUGCCUAUCGUCGACUCUGGAAGCGUUGCGCCUCUGAGCGCUGCUGAGAAGACCAAAAUCCGCAGCGCGUGGGCCCCCGUGUACUCCAAUUAUGAGACCUCCGGUGUGGACAUCCUGGUGAAGUUCUUCACCAGCAACCCUGCUGCUCAGGCAUUCUUCCCCAAGUUCAAGGGGAUGACUUCGGCUGAUCAGCUCAAGAAAUCCGCGGACGUGCGCUGGCACGCCGAGAGGAUCAUCAACGCCGUCAACGAUGCCGUGGCGUCCAUGGAUGACACCGAGAAGAUGAGCUUGAAGCUACAGGAUCUGAGUGGCAAGCACGCCAAAAGCUUCCAGGUGGACCCCCAGUACUUCAAGGUCCUGGCCGCGGUCAUUGCUGACACCGUUGCCGCAGGCGAUGCCGGCUUCGAGAAGCUCCUGAGCAUGAUUUGCAUCCUGCUCAGGUCCGCCUACUAAACCAACGUGCACGGCCAUUUCUGCAAGCACGCCACUGUCAUGCUUUCGCCACAUGAUUUGCACCAGGUGCUGUAGACAGAGAAAAAGAAUAUAUUUGAGAAUUAAGCAUCGUUCUAAGUUCUUUGUUUUUAUCAAUGACAAUGCUGGUAUUAAUAAAAUGAAUGUAUCUUUCCAAUGAAAAAAUAAUAAAACCUCCCUGCAUCCAGA